UGUCCAUGACUAAAAACAUAAUUUAUUUAUGAAUAAAAUCUUCGGAUAAUUGAUUUUUAAAAUGACUAAAAUGGUGGUGCUCACUCGACACUGUGAAACUCUGGAACGCGAAAUCUAAAAUGGCAGCGGCCACUCAAACACAGUCGGUCCACCAAUAUGGCGCCACUCUAAGGCCUUGCUCCUUUUUAUGUUCGGACAAAACAAACAAUCUGGUGUUCAUUUAUGAAAUAAAUGUCUUCUUUUUUAUUUAAAAUACUGUAUUCCCGAAAAGUGUAUGUAGCUCUUAGAAAAAAUAUUAGAAGCGUCGUUCCACAAUGAUUCCCGGACGAUUGCCCAUACCAGAAAACCCCUUGGGACUUUCAUGGCAUGACAGUGCCUGGAUUCCAAUACUCAAUCCAAAUAAUAUAAUGGACUAUUUUUCUGAAAGGUCAAAUCCAUUUUAUGACAGAACUUGUAAUAAUGAAAUGGUAAAGAUGCAGCGUCUUAGUUUGGAUCAGCUUCAAAACAUGACAGGUUUAGAAUAUAUUCUUUUACAUGUGCAAGAGCCAAUAUUAUAUGUGAUACGCAAACAGCAUCGCCACUGUUCUACUCAAGCAACUCCCAUAGCUGAUUAUUAUAUCAUUGCGGGUGUUGUUUAUCAAGCUCCUGAUCUGGCGUCUGUAGUGAAUUCUAGACUUUUGUCAGCAGUACAUCAUCUACAAUCAGCUUUUGAGGAAACUAGUGCAUGUGCAAGGUAUCAUCCUAGUAAAGGAUAUUCAUGGGACUUUAAAAAUGGCAAAACUGCAGCAGCAAAGAAAGAAACCCCUGUGAGAGAAGAACCUAGCACGCUAUUUCAACGACAAAGGGUUGAUAUUCUGUUAAGAGAACUAGUGCGAAAAUAUCCUUUGCCCAUGCCAAAACCUGUUCAAGCUGUUGCAGAACCCCCUGUAAGCAUUAAACAAGAGUCACAAACAGAUAAGAAAGACAUGAAACCACCACCAGAAAAAAAACCAAGACUUCAUUGAUACAGUUUUCAUUUUUAGCUCGCCAAUGUAAAUAUUUUUUAGGAAUUUAACUGUCCAGUAAAAUAUAUGUUAUUUUAUAAGAUAAAAUCAGUGAAAAAUGCAAAGACUGCUUUUAUAAGUAAGUUUGCUCGAACACUGUGAAAUUUGACAAAAUAUAAAUAUUUAUA